AUGCCCCACGUCAAUCCCGUCCUGACAAAGAUCGCCGGAAGUUCACGAUUGGGGCCAGCAAGCACCUUCGAUAAGCCCCGGGUCGGGUUCGACACAGUGGCUAAAAUUGAGCCAUCUACACGUCUCACUCCGCGGGAGAAAGAGCUUGACUCCUUCUCGGGAGGCAGCAGCAGCGCUACGGCGCCUGACGAUGAGACAUCAUUGCUCCAGUCCACCAGAAUGUUACAGGACCCUACUGGUCGACUACUAUACGUCGGCGAUUCGGCCUCUCUCGCGUAUCUUCAACUGAUACGAAUAAUCGUCGAAACGAGGACCGGGCCCAACGACUUCACUCUCGACCCCAGCAGGCACAAGAUCAUGGAGGUUACCACGAGCGUGCCCCCUCACAUCAAACUACCGCAUAUGCUUCCAGAUCGAGAGGCAGCAGAUAUAUUGGUCGAGUCCUUUUUCAAAAAUACCCGUGGCUUGAUCGAGGUCUUCAACAGAUCAGCCUUUGAGGAUAGUAUGCACGCCUGCUAUUCAGACCCCCUCAAUGCGCGAUCAUCAUUCUUAUGCCUACUCUACCUCACUUUCGCUCUGGGUAUGGUGCUGGGCACGGCGCCAAUAGGAUCCAGAGAAGCCGCCAUAUAUGAAAGGCUCCGAACAGAUCAAUACGACCGAGCAGAGAUAUUUUUCAGGAACGCCAAGCUCCUGGGUGACCCAAUGUCAGGAUUUGAGGAUGCCGACUUUUGGUCCAUCCAAGCACUUACCCUUAUGGCUGUCUAUAUGCUGGCCGUCUCAAAGCGAAACGCAGCCUACGCCUACUUUGGCAUGGCUGUCCGGUCCGCAUAUUCGUUUGGGCUGCAUAGAGUUCAGGAGAACGACUUCAUUUUCACCAGCGAAGAUGUCAGACUCAGGCGGAACCUGUGGCGCAGCCUCUUCGUUCUCGACAGAUUUCUCGCCGCCUCUCUGGGUCGCCCUGUAGCCAUCGACGAGGACGAAUGCUCCGAGGACGCACUCCUGGUGUACGGAAAGGACGCGCAGGGGGAGCUUGUUCCCCUGGCCAACCCCGAGGGCGGCCUCGAUUUAGCUGUUCGGAGUUGCCAGAUCAUGGGGCAAAUCCUGAAGAAGAUCUACGCCCGGCGUAAAAUCUCUAUACGCCUCGCCCAGGAAAUUGCAGAGCGAUGCAAGGCGUGGAGCGCAUCGCUGAAUCCUCAACUGCACGGCACAUCAGUGCGGACGACAUCCACGGAUACCUCCGCGGCUAUUUCCGCACUACACGUUAAUCUCCUCCACUGCCACUCCAUUCUUCUUAUGACGAGACCCUUCUUCAUCUGCCUACUUAGCAAAGUCCACAAUGAGAGAAGUGGUCAUACGCUCACUGUUCCGCGCUGGAUCAACCGCAUGGCUAGAUACUGCGAGGCAUGUCUUGUGGCGUCUUGUCAAACCAUAAGGCUCGUCGCCCAGGCCUACGAAUGCAAAUAUCUGCCGCGUCGCAACCCUUUUGUCCUGUAUUUCUUGUUUGCCGCUUGUCUCAUUGCACUCAGCAAUGAAUUCGUGUCCGUCUAUGAAAAUCCUUUGUACAAUGAUUGCAUGGGCAGCGCCAUCGAAGUCGUGAGGUACUGUGCUGAGACAGAUCCACAAGCGAAUCGCCUGCUCUAUAUCCUCCACUCGUUCCAAGCCGCUGUCGCCGACGUGCGAGCGAAACAUAUGGAUCCGCCUGCUCUGCCCGUUGUCAUGGGCACACAGCGGGAGCUCAGAGACCCCGUGUUAAAUCUCUUUUCUUCUAGGAGCGUUUCUCGCAAAGACUCCCUGGUCACAGUGCCAUCUCAUCCACCGCCCUCUGGAGUUCCGCAGCUGGGGCAGUUGUUGAAGAAUAUGGAGAACCAAAACGGCAGUGUCAUGCCUGGUGGUGGGCAAGCUUCCCUCAUGGGAGUCUCCCCCGUAAGCAGUGGGAGCUUUCGAGACGCCGAUGGAACAGAGGGCGAGCUUGACUUUGAGCGUCUUUGGAACCCGGGGACUGCAGGCGCGUCUAUGCCGGUGGGCAGUGGGCUUACUGAGCCUUCGCCCACCGGCGCGGGUUGCGGUCGGGACACGCUUCCUCCGGGGUUGUCGGGACAUACGGUGUCCGGACCUCCCCGUAUAGCAACCAACUUCGCAUCCACGCCGCCAGUCGCGACUCUCUACUCGCCAUCUCAGCUUGGAAUCUGA